AUGUGGGAAAAUGUCAGGAGUGAGGCAUGAUACGUGACGUGUAUAACAUGAACUUUGUUAAAGCAUUGUUUUUUAGCCUAUAUAUAUAUAUGAGACAUACCAAUAAAUAAGAUGGUAUUUCAUUCAAACGUGUAAAAAAAGUGAGGGAUUAUUCAUCCAUUUAAGUUCACGAGAAAAGCUAUUAAAAUCAUCACGACUUUUUUACGACACAUACUUACUGUCAAACGAUUCUAUUUUUUAACCAGGUCUACUGAAAACUCCGCCCCACCUGUGUUAAACAAUAUGAAGUAUGGAGUGAUUUAUAGGUGUCAAAGAAAAGCAACGUGUUUUCCUCUUACCGCGAUAGUUUCGAUCAUGCAAAAGCGAGUAUGUGAAAAGUUGAGCAAACAUUAAACUGGAUCACUUAAUCUGUAGUCGAUAUUCCUGAUCACGUGACAGCCCUAUGGGUUUUCGAGGGUUCGUGUACGCGCUAAUAUCUUCCCCUGCAAUAGACUGAGGAGGAGGAGGCGAGAGCGCGCACGGGGAUUCAACAGCUGCACGGUGAGGAGUCGCGGAGGCGAACAAAUAUGAUUCAAACAAUUGAAUAGGUGAGAGCUGUCUGUCCCACCAGCAACUACUCCAACGCCUGUAUGAAUCGAAGAGGCAGCUCAAAUACACGCUGCCUGACCGAGCACUUUAUCGUAGCAAAGUAUAAAUCCGGAAAUUCAUACUUUUGGUUCCUUUAGGUCUGGACAGUGAUAAUACCACUGUUGCUCCACCUCGAGAGAACAAUGCCAACCCACUCAUUGCUGCCAUUCAUGGAGAGCCCAGAUGGCCCUGCCCAAGAUAUUCUGAUUAGUAACAAUGCAAGCAUCCCUGGCCUUGGGUCUAGCAUGACUCCACAAACCACCAACUCAGAAAAGGCUGUGUUGCAAUCUGCAGGAAGUUCACCAUUUUCCUGUAUGUUCUGUGAUCUUACAUUUAGUCACCAGGAUGAGCUAGGACCCCACGUACUAACACAACACCCUACUACUUUCUCUGAACCCACUGUGCUUCGUGUGGAAGCAGAAUUCAGGAUCCCAGGAGAGAGGCCUCGACCUAAACACAGUAGCCUCAAUCAUGAAAAGGAGGAUGUUCACAGCUGCAUCGUGUGUGGUCAGGUAUCGCAAGAUGCCAGUGAGCUAGAGACACAUAUGAGAAAGCACAAAGACUACUUUACCUACUGCUGUAAUGUCUGUGGACGGCGUUUUAGAGAACCAUGGUUUUUGAAGAACCACAUGAAGAUGCAUGGAAAACCAGGGGCAAAGAGCAAGGCUCAGCAGGACCUGGAGGUUCCAGUCACAGUCAAUGGCAUUGUUCAAGAGCCAACUUCGGAACCUGUAGUCACUGUUUACAAACUGUGCAUGGUUUGUGGCUUUUACUUCCCAGACCAUGACAGCUUAGUUGAACAUAGCAAAGUGCACAAUAGAGAAGUGGAACAUGCCAAAUAUAGAGAUAAAGAGAACAUGGAUUCAACUAGCAACUCCCUUUCAAAUCAGGAAACAUUCCUUCAUGGUCUAAACCUACGUCCUUGCCCAGCAGGAAAUACUUUGCAACACGUGAGAUCAUCCAAAUGGAUUCCUCAGUUAGACCCCUUCAACACUUAUCAGGCCUGGCAGCUUGCCACAAAGGGCAAGAUAGCUGUUGGUCCUAAUAAUACUAAAGAUGUUGGCCAGGAAGCCAGCACGGACAAUGAAGACUGCAACUCUGAUAAAGAGGAGCUGAAUGCUAUCUGGUCUGAGAGCCAAGGAGGAGACAAGACUGUGAAAGGAGUCCUCGGGCGAGAGCUGCGCUCCCAGCAUCAGUCUUUAGCUGAAAACCCAGCACCACAGCGCAGGUCUCUCAUGCAAAAAACUAAGGACAAAGAAAGGCCAACCACUUGUGAGGAAUGUCAGAGGACCUUCAGGACAUACCACCAGUUAGUUCUCCACUCCAGGGUACACAAGCGUGAGCGAGGCGGCGAGGAGAGCCCUACUUCUUCUGUUGAUGGGAAGUUGUCGAGAGUAAACUCAAUAGAGCAUGGAGAGGACGUCCCUGAGGAGGGCUUUGAGGAUCCAGCACUGACAGAAAACCUCAGUCAAGGUGAAGAUGGUUUUGAUCGGUCAAAAGUCAGAUCAAAGGAGUGCAGUUACUGUGGCAAAUCAUUCAGAUCAAGCUAUUACCUCACAGUUCAUCUAAGAACACACACAGGGGAAAAACCAUACAAGUGUGCAUACUGUGACUAUGCUGCAGCCCAGAAGACAUCUCUGAAAUAUCACCUGGACCGUCGUCACAAGAACAAGCCUUUUGUGGAGAUCUUUAGCAGACCUGCACCUUCUGUGCCCUCUCCCACUGACGUAAAACAAGAGAAUGACGAUGGAAGUCCUGUCCAAAAUCCAUCCAAACUAUGGAAUCCAAGCGCUAAAACAUGUGUCAAUGGAACACCUGAGGAGAAACUCAAUAGUGACGGCAAACUUUGCAAACCCCUUCUCAAGAUAAAUGAUGCUGAGAGUGAAAAAAUAUUUGCCAAGUCUGCAAAUUCACAAAAUGACGAUGUGCUGAUAAAAUGCCCUUUACCUCUCAACAUGAAGUUGGAAAGAGAAGAUAUAAAAGAAGAAAACUCAGAGGCACCAUUAAAUCUGUCCCUGAAAGUCUCCUUCUCUAUCCCUGUCAGUGCGCAGCCCAGAAUUGCAUUAACACCUAUUGCCUGUCCAUUGUGUGCUUAUAAAACUAUGUACCCAGAAGUUCUGAUAAUGCAUAAAAAUCUGACUCACAAAGACAAGUCAGAGAGCAUAAAAAGGACUGGAAUGGGAGCCAAACAGAAACGUUUGACAGGUUGCCCCCCUGCACUCGAAGGCAAAGAUGUCAGCCCACUUCCGAUGAGAGACAGGAGGCACCCUCGCCGUACCAAAUCUCCACCGCCCCAGCCUGCAAAACCAAAGGAGAAGACGGCCACUGACCUCUCUCGUGGUCCUAAACGUUCACCCCUCCAUGCACCCCUGCAUCGUGAUGUCCAGGAAACCCAGCAUUACAGACAGAACACUGAUUCACAUUUCACUCAGGAUUCCUCCAGGUACUCGGAUAACACGAGGAAACCCAGCACAGGUGGCAAGUGUGUAACAGACAAAUCAGGCCCUACAGACAGAGUGGGAAUUGGUGAGAGGACUUACCCUGCACGAAGCGAUGUCAUUUGGCACUCAGAAGCUGCCAGGCUGUGUCUGUCACGUCAGUUUACGAGCCUCCCCCAGAUGGAUUUUGGUGAACCUUCUAACAAAAGACUGAAAUACUCGGUACCCACAGUCAGGGAAGGCGACAUCAGCGAGAAACCUGGCUUCAGAGGACCUUUGGUGGAUGGAUCCAGCAGACUCAUUAUCUCAGGCAGAGGUGUGAAACCCACGUCACAAACGUCAGGUCCCUCCACACUUUCUGAGACGUUGGCUGCUGUAAAGAAUAAGCCGACAGCUAUUAGAGGGGGUUUGGACACAGAGUGGACCAUGAUGAACCUUCUACGCCCCUACACACCUAAUGAUCUGGCAUCACUUUAUCACAGCACACCAGCACCAAUGCCCAUUCAUGGAGGACUGUCUAACUCAAGAGCAGGGGGCAGAACAGUGCUGUACCAACACUUGCCUACUCUGCCCAACCUGCAGAGAAGAGACGCCCUAGGCCUGUUUCCUAAUCAAUGGCAUGGGGCUACUGACAAAAGUACCUAAAAUGGCAGAAAGGUAAAAGAAAAUACUGAAAGAAUAUCUGGAUAUGCAUAAAAUGAGGUUUUUUUUUGGAUGACCAGAAUUUUACCCUGGUACCUGACAGAUGAAAGUCAUAUUGAAAGUUUUUUUUUUUUUGUCCUUUAUAUCAAAGUGCUGCUACCUUAUUUACCUGUGCUCAGGGAGUGUCUAUGGUCCCAUAAUUUAAAAUGUAUUCAAUAUUAUAAAACUUGUUUCAUAGACACCUUAAGAGCUUGGGUUUCAGUGUACUCUUAUUUUUCUUUCUUGACAAAGGGCAAUAUAUUUCUCUGUUAUUACUCCACUCAAGUGCACUGUAAUUUUUUUUCUCCACUUAAAAUAUUUUCUUUGUCCAUUUUGACCCACACUAAUGCUUGUAAGUGUCUAUGACAUAACAGUAAAAUUCAUAUGUGGGAAUACAACAGUAUAGCUGUGUGUUUCGGUACAUAUAUAUAUGUAUAUAUAUAUAUAUUGUAUUACUAUAAACCUAAGAAGAAUAACAUGAUAAAUUGUUGCUAUGGUCACUAACUGUUGGCCCUAGAGCAGUAAUUAGGCACUGUAGUUUUUGUUUUUCUUAUUCCCCAAGCACUGGAGGGUGGAGGUUUUGUCUAGAAAUACUUGACAGGUUUGGCCCAGCAGUUUACAAACGGACCAUAGUCACAAGUCCUUCUGUGUUGGUCUACCUCAUGUUCCCGACACCAGUGUUUUUGCUCAGCUGCAGUCAAAUUACAAAUCAGCUGAAGUUCUAGUAUUCUGUUGAUUGUAAAACAACUGUUGAGUACAAUUAGGUAGACAUGUCAUUGACGACACGUUCAACUACAAGAAGCAGCUGUUUCCCAGGCUGUAUCGACCAAGACAACGGUUCAAAUACUGUAUUUUUCAAGUUAAUGUGUUCAAAAUUAUUUGACUUUUUUUGCCUGUGGUUUCUCUGGAAUAGUUAAACAUCUAUCUCCUGCUUUAAUGGUCCAAUCCAUGGAUGUUCAAUUCCAACAAUUUCUGUUUGCGUCUGUUUAAAAAAAAUGCUGUUUUUUCUUGGGCUGUCCAGUAAAUCACUAUUCGGGAUCUUGUUUUUACUAUAAAAGCUUCUGAAAGAAGAGUUUUGUUUAAAGUGGCAGCAGUCAGUAAUGUCUGAACAUCAAUGGGGCCUUUUUUAAACGUGUGGCUGUGCAGUUUGGAGAAAACAAACAAACUGGCAAUGCUGGUUCAGUUAUACACUGUGAACAAAAAGUCUCAGGUUAUUGUUAUCUGUUGUGAAUUUGUAUUUUUGCCACCCAGGCUUUGGUUAAGUUAUUUUUGUUUGGAAUUUAUAUUACACGUGUACUUAAGUAUAUGGAAAAUAUUGUUUGAAAACUGUAUGAUACAUUUCAAUAAUAAAGUACGAGGCGAAGAGCU